GUCCUAUGAACGCAGCGUUUAUCUACUUUACUUAGUGCGUCUUAAAUAUAGCCGUUACCUACAAGAAAAUACUUCCUCCAAGUGGCGAUGCUCACGACUAUUAUAGCUAUCGGAUCCAGUAAGCACUAGUUUUCUUGUCAUCGCCAAUCGGAGGCUACUCAACUUGAAUUUCAUAUGUAGCUGGUGGCCGGCAUGCCCGCAAAAUGCAACCGUCAAAGAUCCAACCCACGAAUGUCCCUAUAAAUCAAUACGCGGACAGGUGAAUCCCGACGUCCACGACAUUGGGGAUCACCAGCAGCUACAGAAGAUGGCAGUAGACGUGAUGACUCUUGCAGUAGCUUGGAGUCUUCUUGAUGAGGAUCGAUUUGCAGUCAGAGCAGCUAUGCUACUUCGAACAUGGUUUAUCGAUCCUGAAACAAGAAUGAAUCCCAAUGCUGCUUUCGCCCAGACAACGCGAGGACCCGGCGAAUGGACAGGCAGGUAAUGUAUAAGCAGCUGUCAGCUCUUCGAUGGUCCGUCAUAGACUAAAAUGGAUACCUGAACAGCGGGUCAGGUAUUUUCGAUUUACGGUAUUUGCUGGAG